CUCUGUAGUCUCUGUGACUGUAAGUUGGUGUUUAUAAACAUAAACUUCACAAACCUUGACGAAACUUAAACCAGAAAAAGAAAAACAAAGUAUGGAUUCCCAGUUCCAGCAACAACAACAAUGGGCGGCGAUGAGUGCUCAACCACAACACCACCAACAUCACAUUCAACAACAGCAACCACAAGUGUGGGGAGUUGGUGGUGCUCCUUCUCAGCCGUAUCAUCAACCAACUACUCUUGAAGAGAUUAGAACACUUUGGAUUGGUGAUUUACAGUAUUGGGUCGAUGAAAAUUACCUUAAUACCUGCUUUGCUCAUUCUGGAGAGGUACUUUCAAUCAAAAUCAUACGUAACAAGUUGACUGGACAACCAGAAGGAUAUGGCUUUGUUGAGUUUGCCUCUCAUGCUGCAGCAGAACGAAUUCUUCAAACUUUAAAUGGUGUGCAAAUGCCUGGAGUUGAACAAACAUUUAGGUUAAAUUGGGCUUCUUUCGGGAUAGGAGAGAGGCGCCCUGAAGCUGGACCUGAGCAUUCAAUAUUUGUAGGGGAUUUAGCACCAGAUGUGACUGAUUAUAUGUUGCAAGAGACAUUUCGAGUUCAGUAUCCAUCAGUGAGGGGCGCAAAGGUUGUCACCGACCCCAACACUGGGCGUUCCAAGGGUUAUGGAUUUGUUAAAUUUGCUGAAGAGAUGGAAAGAAAUCGAGCUAUGACAGAAAUGAACGGGGUGUAUUGCUCCACAAGGCCAAUGCGUAUAAGUGCUGCAACUCCAAAGAAGACAACUGGCUUUCAGCAGCCAUAUACAGCUGCUAAAGCCUAUCCAACACCAGUGCCCCUGCAGCAAGCUUACAGCACACCAAGCGUGCAGCUUCCAGUUGCAGAUAACGAUUUGAGUAACACAACAAUAUUUGUUGGUGGUUUGGAUCCAAAUAUCUCAGAAGAGGAACUGAGGCAAAUCUUUUUGCAAUUUGGGGAGCUUAUCUCAGUAAAGGUACCACCGGGUAAAGGAUGCGGCUUUGUACAGUUCGCGACUAGAGCAUCUGCUGAAGAAGCACUUCAAAGGGCGCACGGGACUAUGAUCGGUCAGCAAAUUGUCCGCCUUUCAUGGGGUAGAAACAUGGGAACCAAACAGGACCAGCCUGGUGCCUGGGGCCAGCAAGUAGAUCCAAGUCAAUGGGGUGCUGCAUAUUAUGGUUAUGGACAAGGGUACGAUGCUUAUGCUUAUGGUGCUGCUCAAGAUCCAUCUUUGUAUGCUUAUGGCGGAUACGCUGGGUAUUCACAUUACCCUCAAAAGGUAGAAGGUGUUCAAGAUCUGGCAAUGGCAGGUGGUGCACCAGCUGCUGAACAAAGGGAAUAUGACCCCUUAGCUAUCCCUGACGUCGACAAGUUAAACACAGCUUAUCUUGCAGUACAUAAUAGCAUAAUGGUGGGCCAACCAUUGUGGUUGAGAACUUCAGCACUCUCCCAGCUAGCAUCUUUCCCUGCUUCCGCAACUGAGUAGUUUUUACAGCAUUUCUUCUCCAAUAUUUUUGCUGGUGGAAAUUGAAACACAAAUCUUUUUGCACCCUUUGGAGGAACCUGUUCCAAGCUACAGUUUCAGUUGGUUAACAGGCAGUAGAACAUAAUAGGAUCAUUGAACAGAAAUAUGUAGAAUGUUGUAUGCUUCUGAUUUUUUCAGUGCCAGGAAGAAAUUCAAAAAAAUAGUUCGCGCAACUGUUUUUCCAGCUGAAAGAAUUGUGCCUCUUUGCACAAAUAUCGUAAUUUUUUUUUAUUUUUUUUUUGUCACAAAAUUCGUGUGGUUUAAUCUAGUUGCCGUCUCUUUUUACUUA